AAAAACGAUCGAUCGCCAUCAUCAUCCUCUUCCUCACCGGGCGCCAAAAACCCCUUUCGUCGCUUUAUCAACAAACCUGACUCAUUUCAAACCACGACGACGACGAAGCACUCACUCACCAAAUUCCAAAAUCCAAAACAGAUAGAGAUAAACCAGAGCUCAGAGAGAAAGAGAAAGAGAAAGAGAGAUUCAGCUUUGGUUUCCGCGAUUCGAUUUCGAUUUGACCAUGGAGCUUCAGAAUACUGUGAAAGAAGCCCUAAAUGCACUGUACCAUCACCCUGAUGAUACCGUUCGCAUGCAAGCCGAUCGCUACCUCCAGGAAUUCCAGCGAACUUUGGAUGCGUGGCAGGUGGCUGAUAAUUUGCUUCAUGAUCCCAGUAGCAAUCUGGAAACCUUGAUAUUUUGCUCGCAGACUUUACGAAGCAAGGUUCAACGGGACUUUGAGGAACUACCUGCGACAGCAUUCCGGCCUUUGCGCGACUCAUUAAAUAACUUGCUGAAAAAGUUUCAUAAGGGUCCUCCAAAAGUCAGAACUCAGAUUAGCAUUGCAGUGGCUGCAUUGGCUGUCCACGUGCCUGCAGAAGACUGGGGGGAUGGUGGUAUAGUGAAAUGGCUUAGGGAUGAGAUGGAUUCCCAUCCUGAAUAUAUACCGGGAUUCUUGGAGCUACUUACAGUUUUACCGGAGGAAGUAUUAAACUAUAAGAUAGCAGCUCGUCCAGAAAGGCGCCGUCAAUUUGAAAAAGAGCUUACUUCUCAAUUGGAGGUUGCUCUUAAUAUCUUGACAGCUUGUUUGGCUAUUUCUGAGCUUAAGGAGCAGGUUCUUGAGGCAUUUGCUUCGUGGCUUCGCCUAAAGCAUGGGAUUCCCGGAUCUGUUCUUAGUUCUCAUCCAUUAGUCUUGACAGCACUGUCAAGCUUAAAUUCUGAUUUACUGUCAGAGGCUUCUGUAAAUGUGAUUUUGGAGUUGAUACACUACACUGCUGUGGCAAACAUAGAUGGUGUUUCUGCAAAUAUGCCCUUGAUUCAAGUCAUUGUACCUCAAGUUAUGAAUCUGAAAGCACAGCUUAGUGAUUCUACAAAGGAUGAGGAAGAUGUGAAGGCGAUUGCUAGGUUAUUUGCGGAUAUGGGUGAUUCUUAUGUGGAACUAAUCGCUACUGGUUCAGAUGAAUCAAUGUUAAUCGUGCAGGCCUUGUUGGAAGUUGCUUCACAUCCUGAAUAUGAUAUUGCUUCAAUGACUUUCAACUUUUGGCAUAGUCUUCAGUUGAACUUGACUAAAAAGGAGUCCUAUAUCUCAUAUGGUACUGAAGCAUGCAUUGAAGCUGAGAGAAAUAGGAGGCUGCAGGUUUUUCGUCCUGCUUAUGAGUCGCUUGUCUCACUGGUUAGCUAUCGGGUUCAAUAUCCUGAAGAUUAUCAAGACCUUUCAUAUGAGGAUCUUAAGGAAUUUAAGCAGACUAAAUAUGCUGUUGCGGAUGUAUUAACGGAUGCAGCAUCAGUUCUUAGUGGUGAUGCCACACUUAGAAUUCUUUACAUGAAACUUCUUGAGGCUGUAUCUGGCCAUGGUAAUAGUGAACAAAAGGAAUGGCGUCCAGCAGAGGCUGCUUUGUUCUGUAUUCGGGCUAUAUCCAAUUAUGUUUCAGUUGUUGAAGCAGAAGUAAUGCCUCAGAUCAUGGCUUUACUUCCAAAGCUUCCUCACCAACCCCAACUACUUCAGACAGUGUGUUUAACUAUUGGAGCAUAUUCAAAAUGGCUUGAUUCUGCAUCCUGUGGAGUGUCUAUACUCCCUUCAGUGUUAGAUAUCCUAAUGAAUGGCAUGGGUACAUCUGAAGACUGCGCAGCUGCUGCCGCCUUGGCUUUUAGACACAUCUGUGAUGACUGCCGGAAAAAGCUUUGUGGAUGCUUAGAGGGUCUAUUCCACAUCUACAAUAGGUCAGUUAAUGGGGAAGAUAGUUUCAAAGUUCCUGCUGAGGACUCGUUGCAUCUGGUUGAAGCAUUAAGUAUGGUUGUUACUGAGCUCCCUCCAGAUGAUGCUAAGAGAGCUCUUGAGGCAUUAUGCAUACCAGUCAUAUCUCCUUUACAGGAAGCUAUCAAUCAAGGUCCAGAAGUCUUAAAUAAAAGACCGUCUCGUCAGUUAACAAUUCAUAUAGAUCGAUUUGCGUACAUCUUUAGGUAUGUAAAUCAUCCUCAAGUUGUGGCAGAUGCUAUUCAACGUCUCUGGCCAAUUUUUAAAGCUAUUUUUGAUCUUCGUGCUUGGGACAUGAGAACAAUGGAAUCUCUCUGCCGAGCAUGUAAAUAUGCAGUGAGAACUUCUGGAAGGUUCAUGGGGCUCACAAUUGGUGCCAUGCUGGAAGAGAUUCAGAGUCUAUAUAGGCAGCACCACCAGCCAUGCUUUCUUUAUCUUUCUAGUGAAGUUAUAAAGAUAUUUGGUUCUGAUCCAUCUUGUGCUGACUACCUGAAGAGUUUGAUUGAGGCACUAUUCCAGCACACAACUCGUCUUCUCACAAAUAUUCAGGAAUUCACAGCCCGGCCUGAUAUAGCAGAUGACUGUUUUCUGUUGGCUUCAAGGUGUAUUCGCUACUGUCCUCAGCUAUUUAUUCCCUCAUCUGUUUUUCCCUCAUUAGUUGAUUGCUCUAUGAUUGGGAUCACAGUACAGCAUAGAGAGGCUUCCAAUUCCAUAUUGCAUUUCUUGGCUGAUAUUUUUGAUCUUGGAAACUCAACUGUUGGGGAGCAAUUUAUACCCUACAGAGAUAGUGUAAUUAUUCCUCGAGGUCCCAGCAUUACCAGAAUUUUGAUUGCUUCAUUAACUGGAGCACUUCCGAAAUCUCGAGUUGAUGUGGUAGCGUACACAUUACUGUCAUUAACUCGAUCAUAUGGGAUGCAAGCAGUGGAAUGGGCAAAGAAAUGUGUUGUUUUAAUUCCAUCAACAGCUGCCACAGACGUGGAACGAUCAAGAUUCUUAAAAGCACUUUCUGAUGUGGCUUCUGGGGGUGAUACUAAUGGACUAUCUGUUCCCAUUGAAGAGCUUGCGGAUGUCUGCCGGCGCAACAGAGCAGUUCAGGAAAUAGUUCAAGAAGCUUUGAGACCACUGGAGCUGAAUUUGGUGAGUGUAUCAUAGAGGAUUGGUAAAAAUGCCUUAUUCUGGGAGGGCCAUUUUGUUAAGGUCCUGAGUCUGCUGGUUAGGCUAGUUGGUUGUGUAUUAUAUCUUAUAUUCAAUUUUUUUUAUCCAUCAUUCUCCAAUUUUUUAGGAGAAUUUGCCCCUCCAUAUUCUGCUGUGUUGGCCCUAAAAUUGAAUGGGGUGCUGUAUCUUUUUAUUGUGGGUUUGGUGAGUGGUGUCAUUUAUCCUGGUUGUCAUUUUUGGGGGGGCGUAGGUUACAAGGUAUACAAUUGUAAUUUAAGGAAAACAGGAAAAAAGCGGGGGGAAAUAGAGUACAAUGCUACAAUUAUUUUAGUUUUAAAUGAAUGUCGAUUUUAGAA